CCAGCUCAAUCCCGCUCCUCUUAAGGGCGGUUGAACGUAGACCGCAUCUACAGCUGUCUUCCGCUCCUCCUCCCGCUCGUCCCACCAUCAACGCAUACUCACCCACACAAUCACCCUCGCGUAUCUUCACUUGCCCACUACUCCAACCAGCAUCAAGACCGCCUCCCACCGACCAACCAUCCCUUAUCAUGUCCUCAUCCUCCUCCUCCCCCGCCAAACCGGCCCACCCGGACCUCACAGGCUUCCGCGCGCUCUCCUUCGACUGCUACGGCACGCUGAUCGACUGGGAAGCCGGCCUGCAGGCGGACCUGUCGCCGCUCCUCGCGGCGCUGCCGCCCACGCACCCGUGGCGCGCGACGCCGCUCCUCGCGCUGCAGCACUUCAACGCGCUCUCGGAGCACCUCGAGCAGGCGCAGCCGGCGCUGGCGUACGACGACAUCCUCGCCGAGUCGCUGCGGCUGCUGGCGGCCGAGCAGGGCGUGCGGCUCGACGAGCUGGACGACGAGGAGGCGGCGGCGGCGCUGCGCGGGGAGAGGAUCCGCGACGGGCCCGGGCGGUGGCCCGCGUUCGCGGACACGGUGGCCGGGCUGCGCACGCUGGGGCGGCACUACCGGCUGGUGGUGCUGAGCAACGUGGACGAGGCGAACAUCGGGCGGGCGGCCGGGCCCGGCGGGCCGCUGGCCGGGGCGCGGUUCGACGCCGUGUACACGGCGCAGGCGAUCGGGAGCUACAAGCCGAGCGCGGCCAACUUCCGGUUCCUGUUCGAGCGCGUGAGGCGGGAGUUCGGCGUCGACAAGGAGAAGGGCGAGCUGCUGCAUGUCGCGAGGAGCCUGACGGCGGAUCAUGUGCCCGCCAAGGAGCUCGGGCUGAGGAGCGUGUGGAUUGCGCGGGGCGGCGACAGGCCGGAGAACUAUGGCACCGGCGGGGAUUACGCCAAGUUGAAGGCCGAGGGGAAGCUCGGGUUCGAGUGGACUUUCCAGACGAUUGGCGAGUUCGCGGAAGAGGUGGAGAGGCAGUUUGCGGCGAAGAAGAAGAAGGAGGAGACUCAAGCGGAGGAGGGAGUCGGGCAGCAAGCAGGGCGGUGAUGAUGCUAGCUCUUCCUU